AGUCUUCUUCCAAAGAGAAACUAAUCAAACGUUUAGUCGCUUAACUCAUACACUCUUGUCAUCUAUAUACAUCACCUCUUUUCUUCAUAUCUCUUCUCUGCUUCCUCUGCUUUAUUUCCAAGAAGAAGAAAAAAACAGAGACUUCCCGGUUCCUUUUAUCUCUCUCUUUCUGUGUGUUUAUCGUAGUAAUAAUCCUUGCGUUCAAAUCGUUAACAAGGGUGAUGAUGUUGAUGGUGAUCAGCAGCAGGUGCUCUCACACUUCCCACAUCACCGAAAUUAUUAUCACCAGCUUCUUUCGCCAUAAGCUCUAGAUCACUUUUUCCCCCCCAUCAAUCCUUGUAUUAAAGGAUAUCAGGAACCCCAGAUUCGUGAUACAUUAAGGGAACACGCCCUAUGGCUGUUUCUUGAAUAUCUCAGCUUUGUAAUACUAUAUAAUUCGCACCUAUGAUGGCUCCAGGGAUGCUCUACAGUGGUGGGUCUGGUGCUUUUAAUUUUAAUGGUGUUUUGAAUCAGAAACAGAGGGUUAUGUCUUCUUCUUCUUCUUCUUCUUCAACUAUUGCAAAAGAGCAUCUUGGUUCUCUAUUUGUCCCCGGCUGUUCUUCUUCUUACUUGGGAUCCAGUUCUAUGGUCAGUUUCGGCCGUGUUAAUGGAGGGAAGAGGUCAUUCUUUGACUCAUUCGAUCAAGAAGAGAAUGAAGCAGAUGAAGUGGGAGAGUAUUAUCACCAAGCAGAGAAGAAGAGGAGACUUACAGAUAACCAAGUCCAGUUUCUUGAGAAGAGUUUUGGGGAAGAGAACAAACUGGAACCAGAAAGAAAAGUCCAGCUUGCUAAAGAACUUGGUCUGCAGCCUCGCCAAAUUGCAAUAUGGUUUCAGAAUCGUCGCGCACGAUGGAAGACUAAACAGCUGGAGAAAGAAUUUGAAGCAUUAAGGAAUCAAUAUGACAAUCUGAAAUCAGAUUACAAUAAUCUUCUCAAGGAAAAGGAAAAUCUUAGAGCUGAGGUUUUCCAGCUCACUGAUAAGCUGCUUCUCAAAGAGAGAAAAAAUGGGCAAUUGAGUCUACCCGACUUCCAGAAACACUCCGAUGCAUCGCCAAAAGAAACCAUGGCUGAUCCUAUUUCUAGAGUUAAAAUGUCCAAUGUGUCAGCUCGGGUUCUUACGCUGCAGCAGCAGGAAGAUCUGAGCUCUGCUAAGAGCGAUGUCUUAGACUCAGAAAGCCCACAUUACACUGAUGGGGUACAUUCCUCUUUCAUAGAGCAGGGGGAUUCUUCUUAUGUAUUUGAACCUGAACCGUCUAAUUUAUCUCAAGAUGAUGAAGAAAAAUUCGAUAAGACUAUGCUCUCUACUGCCAACUUGCUUGCAAAAGCGGAGGAUGAUGAUUAUCGCGUGACAUCCUCAAAUGUUAGCUACUUUGGAUUUCCAGUUGAAGACCAAGGUUUUGGUUUCUGGUCCUAUUGAGUUCAUGGUUGUAUGUAGUAAUGCGGAAUAGAACUAUUUUAUGUGUGUCUAGUAAUGUGUCUUAGUUGUGUGUAUAUUUGGAGACAGUCCAUUGCAGUAUAUUUUGUGUAAUAAAUAAAGUCCUAUUGUAUGGGACCAGAAUCCAAAUGAGGUGAUGGGUUGUGGUCACAGAACAGUUGGGAACUAUGGCUAUUGCGCUUAAUUUGUAAACCUGUUGCUAUAUGUAGCUGGUGCUUCAUGUUUUGUGAAAUCUUAAUUUUCUUUGUCAA